UUGUGAUCUGUGGUGUCAAGCAUUAGCAAAUGUCAAUGUCACUCGGCUGUCAGUGUCAGUGGCAAUGGCUACAGCAAUAAUGAAUACAAUUUUAAAGAAAACUGUGGAAUUACUUCCAUCAAAAUUAUUUUUGAAAAAUGGAGCUGCCUUGAUACACACCAGCCAAAAAGUAAAUGCUGGUAAAUGGUAUCCAGACGCAGAAUGGAUAAACCAAUUUUCUGGCCCUGUGAUGUAUCCAGAUGAGAUAACCAAGAAUUGGGCUCUUCAGCCCUGGAAUGCUACUAAAGCACCAGUAGAGAAAGAAGUUAAAAACGUUACAUUAAAUUUUGGUCCUCAACAUCCUGCUGCUCACGGUGUAUUGCGUCUAGUGCUAGAAUUAGAUGGGGAGACUGUCAAGAGGUCAGAUCCCCACAUUGGUCUUCUACAUAGAGGUACAGAAAAGCUGAUUGAAUACAAAACCUACACUCAAGCCUUGCCAUACUUUGACAGGUUGGACUAUGUCUCUAUGAUGUGUAAUGAACAAUGCUACAGCUUAGCAAUUGAAAAACUACUUAAUAUUGAUGUACCUUUAAGAGCUAAAUAUAUUAGAGUUCUAUUUGCUGAGUUGACUAGGAUUUUAAAUCACAUUAUGGGCAUCGGAACCCACGCUCUUGAUGUAGGAGCCUUGACACCAUUCUUCUGGCUCUUUGAAGAGCGUGAAAAGAUUAUGGAGUUUUAUGAAAGAGUUUCUGGAGCUCGUAUGCAUGCAGCCUAUGUUAGGCCAGGAGGAGUGUCUCUGGAUCUUCCUUUGGGUCUGAUGGAUGAUAUUUAUGAAUUUGCUUGCAAAUACAAUGAACGAAUUGAUGAAGUAGAAGAUGUCCUCACCCAUAACAGAAUUUGGGUUCAAAGAACCAAAGAUAUCGGAGUGAUUUCUGCUGAAGAUGCAUUGAACUAUGGAUUUAGCGGUGUGAUGUUGCGAGGUUCCGGUAUCAAAUGGGAUUUGCGUAAGCAACAGCCAUAUGAUGCGUAUGAUCAAGUUGAAUUUGACGUUCCAAUCGGUACGAACGGUGACUGCUAUGAUCGUUAUUUGUGCCGUAUAGAAGAAAUGAGACAAUCUUUGAGAAUUAUAGAUCAAUGUCUCAACAAAAUGCCAGCCGGAGAAGUAAAAACCGAUGACGCAAAGUUAACGCCACCUAGCAGAGCGGAAAUGAAGACAUCCAUGGAAGCUCUAAUCCAUCACUUCAAGCUCUUCACCCAGGGAUACCAAGUACCUCCUGGCGAGACAUACACAGCCAUAGAGGCUCCCAAAGGAGAAUUCGGUGUGUACCUAGUGUCCGAUGGAAGCUCAAAGCCAUACAGGUGUAAGAUUAAGGCUCCAGGAUUUGCCCAUUUGGCCGCCUUAGACAAAAUAGGAAAGAACCAUAUGUUAGCCGAUAUUGUAGCGAUAAUUGGUACUCUUGACGUCGUAUUCGGCGAAAUCGAUAGAUAGGUUAUUUUAAAAUUAAAUCAAUUGUUUAUUUAAGGUAAAGAAACAUUUUUGUUAAGUGUAAAUAAAUAAAAUGUUUAAUUCUAACU